AUGGCGACAGAGACACUAACAAGACCAAGCUAUCUAUCUCUACCUCAAUGGACACAAGUCCCAGAGACAGAGCAUGAUUUGGAGUGGGCCGAUCUCGUAACACUAGACCUCAGCCAAUUCGACACCCCUGGUGGCAAAGAAGCAUUAGCAUCUCAGCUUUUCGAUGCUGUUAACAGAAUCGGAUUUUUCUACAUAACCCACUUUGGCCUCACUCAAGAACAAGUCGACCGCCAAUUCAGUCUUUGCAAACAGGUCUUCGACUUAUCUGAAUCCGAGAAACUCAAAUAUCGUGCCGACCUCGAGCACGGCGGCUACAACGGCUACAAACCAUUCGGCCUCCGUGAAAUUAAGCCGGGGAUCAAGGACAAUACGGAAAUCUACAACAUCCCAAAAUGCAGCGAGCGGUAUAAAAGAGAUCAUCCUGACGUAAUUCAGCAACACUGGGAUGAGAUUGAGUAUUUCGCCAAACACAUUCAUUUCCAGAUCGUGCGGAAAUUAUUGGUCCUUUUCGCGCUGAUCCUCGAGUUGCCUGAGGAUUAUUUCCUGCAGAAUCACAGAUAUGAAGAGAAAUCCGAUUGUCAUUUCCGGUAUAUGAAGUAUCAUCGUCGUACGCCCGAGCAGAAUGCAGACUUGGACAAUGUUUGGGUGAAAGGGCACACGGAUUUUGGAAGCCUGACACUGCUUUUUAGACAACCAGUGGCGGCGCUUCAAGUUCGUACUCCAGAAGGAGAGUGGAAAUACGUGAAACCAUAUCCAGAGAGCAUCACGGUCAAUAUUGCAGAUGCCCUACAAUUCCUUACAAACGGAUUCUUGAAGAGCAGCAUUCAUCGGGUCGUUGCGCCUCCUCCGGACCAAGCGGAUAUCGAUCGCCAUGGAAUCUUGUACUUUGUUCGACCGGAGGACGAUACCGAGCUUAUACCCGUGAAAAGCCCUGUACUGGAACGCUUGGGAUAUGAUAAGGCCUUGGAUCAGGCUACCGUGGGAUUGACUGCUGGAGAGUGGGUGAGGGCUCGUGUGGCGAAGAACGUCAGCCGACAGGGAAAAGAGGAGACUAUUAUCAAAGGUGUCAAAGCCAAGUACUACGACUGA